AUGAAGGGCCCCUAUCCCGAUAUACAAGGUGGAGGCUCGUUGAUCCUUGCCUGGCAAGUCCGCAACAAGCGCAUCCUCGUCGUGGGAGGAGGAGAGGUUGCCGCUGGUCGCAUCGUAAACGUCCUCAACGCCGACGCAAAAGUCACCGUCGUUUCCCCCCGCUCCGGCCUCAACGAUGAAGUCGCCUACCGCAUCGAUCAAAAGCAGGUCGAAUACAUCGACCGCAAGUUCGAGCCCUCCGAUCUCGAUGGCGUCGACAUGGUCCUGACCGCAGUCGACGACCCGGAAGCCUCCUCACAGAUAUUUAAGCUAUGCAAGGAAAAGCGGAUACCGGCGAACAUCGCAGACGUGCCUCCGGAGUGUGACUUCUACUUCGGCAGUGUCCAUCGCGACGGCCCGCUACAGAUUAUGGUCAGCACGAAUGGCAAUGGCCCGAAGUUGGCGAAUAUCGUGCGGCGACAAAUUGCGGACGGUCUCCCGAGUAACAUUGGGGCUGCGGUGACGCGAGUAGGAAUCCUCCGGCGGAAGCUGAGGAAGAUUGCGCCGGCACAGGAGGAGGGUCCAAAGCGAAUGCAAUGGAUGUCCAAGGUCUGCGAACAAUGGAGCUUGGAUGAGCUCUGCGAGAUGACGGAGGAGGACAUGGAGGAGUUGCUAGGAUACUACAAACCGAACACCAUCCCAAGCCUCGAAUCUAUAUAUAGAGACCUCGCAACUCUUUCUCCAUACGAAAAGACAGAUUUUCAACUCCUGGCCAAUGCGAAUGAAGACUUCAGGCAAAUAUGGGAGACCAACAAUCACAAACUCGAUUUCCACGACCCCGAAACCCACAAGACGUUGACAAAAGCGAUCCUACAGGAAGACUUUGGCUUGCCUAUAGACCUCCCGGAUGACCGGCUCUGCCCACCGAUUCCGAAUCGAAGCAACUACGUGGCUUGGAUUCAGCGCCUUCUUGACUCCACUGCUCCGAAUCUCCAGGGUGGAUAUGAUCCGCAGCGUCAAGUCAUAGGCCUUGAUAUUGGAACUGGUGCCUCUGCGAUCUACACCCUUCUCUCUCUACGAUGCAGACCCAAUUGGACAAUGUGCGCCACUGAUAUCGACAAGAAAAGCUUCGACUAUGCGUCGCGGAACCUCGCCAUCAACAACAUGAUGACACGCGUCAAACUGUUACAAACUCUCCAAGACCAACCUCUGAUACCACUACAAUACCUCGCUGUCGAGAAGCUGGACUUCACCAUCUGCAACCCUCCCUUCUUCCUCAGUCACGCCGACAUGCACGCCAGUCUCGAAGGUGAAGAUCGGAAACGGAAGCCACCCGCCGUCUGCACUGGCGCGGAAGUGGAAAUGGUAUGCGAAGGCGGCGAUCUUGGAUUUGUCACGCGCAUCGUGAACGAAAGCCUUGUAUUGCGCGACAAAGUCACCUGGCUGCAUGGAUCAGGGCUUGACAAAGAGAUGGGUCGUAGCCUGGAGUUUCGGCGAUAUGCGUCCCGCGAACGACAUCGCUCGUAUCGAAGGCAUCGCGAACGAAUACCUACCAUUUCCCACUCUCUACAAAUUCCCCAUACCAAUCCAAAAAGAUCUAGACACCGCCAUCUCACAGCUAAACAGCCAACUAACCUCCCUCGAUCUUCGCUGGACAUGGGAUCCAGAAAAGAAGUCAGGGGUCAGUAUCGCCGCGCAAAACGUCUGGAACCGCUCGUAUCGUCGACUCAUGAAAAAGCACCAGCAAUAUCUAGCCAAUGGUGGUGA